CCGCCGGAGUGGCCAGCACCAGACCAGCGAUUCCGUGAAUUCCGAGCAGCAAUCGCAGCGAAAUGGGUGCCACGGCCUCGUGCAAGAAAUCCAACGGCAGUGGCUAUCCGGAGCACGAUGAUCCCAGCUACCGCAAGUGCCAGGAGCUCAAGAUGGAGCGCUGGAUCCAGAUGCACUACCAGAUCAAGCAGCGGGAACAGGCCCUGGCCAUCGCCCAGCACCGGGAGCUCUUCUACUGGCUGAGUGGCUUCUACCUGAGCGCCGUCUACGGCUGCGCCAGCUACUACCAGCGGGUGAAGCGGGUCUCCGCGCUGGCUCCGCUCCUGCCGCUCACCUUCGUGGUGGGCUACUACACCGACUGGGCCUACGGCAGCAAGCUGCACCGCAUCCAAGCGGAGGCCAACAUGAUCAUGGAGCACGAGCAGGAGCUUCUACAUUGGCCAGGCGGUCUGCCCACAGUCGCCGGAAUCGAUGAGGCCCGCGUGGAGACCGAGAUGGAGAAGAAGAUGCAUCCGCACCACAUGUAGAGGCAAAAGGCUGCCCCUUUCCCCAUUAGUCUGUAGGCGGGAUUGGGUUCUCGUUCUCAGGUCCCUAUUGAAAAUAGAACAUCAAAAAAGGCACAGAAAUCAGCAAACAAUACUCACACGCAGUUUCAGGCA